GUAAUUUUUUUCCGGUGUGCUCAUGUCAGCCAAUCAAAUUACGGAUUAAAAGCAGAAUUAAAUAUGCUCUUAUUUGCAGUAUAAAUUUCAAUCAAAAGCCAGGUCAUAAAGACAUAACAACGAUGAACGCUGGUCAAGGGCAAGUACUCCAACUGAGCGCUCCUGUGGUGGUGACUCAACCACCUGUGUACUCGCGACCCCCACUACGUGAAUGGAGCACUGGAAUCUUUGGUUGUUUCGAAGACAUGCCGUCCUGUUGCCUCGGAUUCUGGUGUGGAACGAUUGGUUACCCCUGCUAUUUGUCUAACAAACUCGGAGAGUCCUGCUGCCUGCCGAUUUGUGUAUGUGGAAGUACCUGGCUUAUAGCUCUUCGGGUCAAACUACGAACUGAGCAUAAUAUUAUGGGGGACAUUAUGGACGAUUCCUCUAAGGCCAGUUGGUGUUACCAUUGCACGAUGUGUCAACUCUCGCGUGAGCAUGACCAUAUCCAGGCUCUUCAGGCAUUGCAAACAUAAAAGUGGAAACAAGAAAACAAUUUUGUUUUUGGUUUUGUUUUUUGUACAUAGGAUUAUGUUGGAAGAUGUCUUUAAAAUUUUGCCAUUAAAGCACAAAUAAUA